AAAAGGUAAACAAACAACAGACAGGUGCGCGAAAGGCAUUACAGGAAUAAUUCUGUCAUCUUUGAUGAAAUCCAAUCAUGAGUGAAUCAACAAAGAAAAUACGAAAGAAAGACUGUGUUAAGCUGUCCAACAAGAUCAUAGAGCGGUGCAAGCUUCCGAUCCCGCGAGUGACCAGCAUUGAUGGCAUUCGCUCCAACCUGUUCACAAGCCUACUGCAGGUGCUUUACCACAGGCUGCCAGAAGGUAUUAUCGACGACCCGGCGAGCACCGAGGAUGAGAUCGCGAACGUGCAGGCGAUCAUCAACCACCUGGCGCUGGACCUGAUCCACAUUGACCUGUCUCACAUCUCUGGAACGGAGGUGAUCGCCGGCGAGCCGCGCGCCAUCUACAAUCUGCUGGAGAUCUUCUGCGGCCUGCACAAGUACCUCAGCUCCACGUCCAUCGGCCGGUGGAACCUGGAGGAGAGUUUAUCAGAAGCCAACAGUGAGCUGAGCAGCCAGCCGUCCUCUGAGGAAUCGGCAGUCGGAGGACGGGACCAGGACGCACCGCCGGUGGACGCGGACCCGCUUGGAGACCCGGCGGAACAGGACUCCUCGCCGCCUCUCACCCGUCCGUCGUCGUCGGUGGCCCGUGCCGGCUCGGCCGGCCGCGUGCCCUCCGUCCCGUCGGCCGGGGCCGUCUCCGCCGGCCGCUCCUCCUCUGCGGCCCGGGUGCGGUCCUCCGCCUCUGGUGUGGCCCGUGCGCCUUCCUCCGCCUCCGCGGGCCGGCCGGCCUCUGGCAGCGGCUCGGCGGCCCGUGUGCCGUCCUCCGGCUCGGCAGGACGGGUCCGGUCCGGCGGGUCGGUGGGGAUGGCCGCCUCAGGAGUCGGAUCGGUGGUCAGAGUAGCGUCCGGAGCUUCGGCGGGAAGAGUGGCGUCGAGUGGAUCAGCUGGAAAAGUGCCCUCCAGUACCUCAGCUGGAAAAGUGCCCUCCAGUACCUCAGCUGGGAAGGUGCCCUCCAGUAGCUCAGCUGGAAAGAUUGGCUCGGCUACAAGAGUUCCCUCCAGUGGAUCUGCUGGGAAGGUGGCUUCGAGUACCUCCGCUGGAAGGGUGGCCUCCAGCGGCUCUGCCGGUAAGGUACCAUCGGCCGGCUCCGUGCCUAGAGUUCCCUCGGGUGGUGCGUCUGUCACCAAAGUCGCCUCCACCACCUCUGCCGGCCGGGCGUCCGCGCACAGCUCUGCCACGCGCGUGCCCUCGUCAGGCUCAGGGCUGGGCCGUGUGCGCUCCAGCGGCUCUGGCUCUCGUCCUACUAGCUCUGGCCCGCUACCCACCAGCUCUAUCAGUGCCGGAGGGGAGGCGGAGGCCUCUAUGUUCCCCAGUAGUGAGUCGGCCACCGUCCCAGCCGAGAGGAGACGGUCUGCUAGUUCUGGUGGGGGAUCCGGCGGAGCGGGAGCCGCCGGGAGCAGCGGAGCCGGAGCCGAGCCCGCCUCAUCGCUGGAGGGACUCGAGGGGAAACCGUCCCAGGCGUCACGACACUCGCUGCAGCCGGAACUGGCCGCGGUGGACACGGAGACCUCGGAGGACGACCCGUCGCCCAUCCGCGCUCCCUCCGGCGCCGCGGCGGCAGCCGGCGGGGAGUUUGACGCCCUGGGCCGCUCGUCAGUCAGCCGACCCAGCGCCGGAGGACUGGGGGCGGCCGGCGGGGGCAGUGGGGCGGCCGUACAGCUGAGCGGCAGCAUUGAACACCAUCACUAUCAUCACUACGAGGGAGAGGAGAGUGGCGAGAGCGGGCAGCUGACGGAGCUGACAGCGGACACUGAGGAGGAGGAGGAGGAGCAGGGGUACGGCUCCGAGCCCGGGGAGGAGGCGCAGGGGUACGGCUCGGAGCCCCAGGAGGAAGAGGAGGACAGUCAGCUCACAGAGGAACCGACGGCGGACAGUCCCGAGGAGACCCAGGGAGAGUCGGAGCCCGACUCCCAAACUCCCUGGGAGGCUGACGAGUCCCCAGAGGAGGAGGAGGACGGUCAGGAGGACACUGCGGGGGAGGAGGAGGACGCCGGAGGACACGGCGACGUCAGUCGGCAGCUCAGUGAGGAGAUGGAACUGAUGAGAGCGGCCGCGUCAUCACCAGAGCCCCCGCCGCCGCCGCCCGUGCAGAGGGCCUCGGUCACACAGCAGCAGCGGAGUGUGAACACCUUCCGGAGGGCCUCUCGGGACACCGACUCAACGGACGGUAUGCGUCGCGCCACGGCGGACGCCGAUCGGCCGAGUCGCCGCGAGCUCAGCGCUCCCGCCCGUCGGCCGUCGUCCUCUGACCGGCGUCGGAGGCGACGCAGCGACGACUUCAGUUCGGCCAGCGAGCCGGGCAUGGGACGCCGCUCGGGCGCCCGGCUGCCCACCAGAAACGUCGAGACCAUCGCUGAGAUCCGUGAGACGGACGCCGAGCGGGCCAUCACGGAGACGACUCGGGAGCAGGCCGGCGACCAGCUGCACAAGGAGACGGUACGACGCGAGGUGCGCAGAAAGGUCUCCAGCGCGCCGGCCACCCGGUCCAGACAGAUGUCGUACACGAAGCAGGCCACGCGGCGAUCGGUGUGCAGUGACGGCGUCACCGACUGGCUGGAGUCGCAGGCCGACGACACCAGGCUACACGUCGACGGAAAAGAGGCUGACGUGUUUGAGUACCUGCGCCGCGAGUUUCCGUACGUGCACGUGUCUGCUGAGACGAAGCGCCGACUACUCGCCCAGUACCGACAUCAGAUGAAGUACAUCAUGAGCCUCGUCGAACCCGUCGAGUCGCGCAAAAUCAAAAUACGGCGUCAGGACGUGCUGAAGCGGCAGGCGCUGAUGACGGACAUCAUGCGGCAGCAGAAGGCACAUGACGACAGGUUCAAAAAGCUAUCGGACGGAAAACGGCGAGAGGCCAAAAUCAGGAACAUGCCUCGGGACAGCAAGAUCUCGUGUCUGCGCGCCCAGCGGUACGUCAGCUCGUUCCAGCAGCAGUUCCAGUCGCGGUCCGCCUUCAACAAGAGCAAGGAGGAGCUGCUGCUGCGGGCCGUGUUUGAAGAGAUGCUGGAGAUCCAGCGGAGCCGUCUCCGCGCCGUCCGACGCCUCGAAAAGGAGUCCAUCGACGAGUUCUACGACGCCAACGGCUACACGGCCGACCUGAACCGCGUGCACCAGUACUACGAGGCCAAUUUCCGCGAGCUGGCAGAGCUGCUGGCCAAGGAGCGGUCCGAUCUGAUGCGGACGCAGAAGCAGCAGAAGAAGCUCAAUGACAGGAUCAAGAGGGAGUUCAGGGAGUACAUGGAGGCGGACGUGCGCAGUCUGAACGACAAGAUCGUCAACAGCUGGCAGCCGCAGUUCAGGGAGCUGGACGCCGACAGAGUCCGCAGCGAUCUCUAUGAGGCCAACUGGAAGUUCUGCGUGCAAUAGCGCCGCCCGAUCGCCACCGUCGUCCCUUGUUAGUUGUUAGUCUGUCUCCCGUUGAUACGAACGACCCUCGACUCUGCCCUCUCCCAGGGCUCUCAUCUCCCUAUGUAUGUUAGUACGAUGUUUGGCCGGGCGGUGGGCGGGCGGCGGGACCCGUAACUAGCCCCCGCCGCCCCAGCCGUCGCCAGCGUUCGUGAUCUCCAAAUCACCCCGGCUCGGCCGGGGGUGCGCGACUGCAGCGCCGCCACCGCGCGGCGGCCGCAUCAGGAAACACAGUGUCUUAGUUGUCUGUAACAGUCGCUCCGAGUUGUCGUGCGCUGGGGACCCACUGUUUUAUACCAGAGUAGCAUUGCCCAAGGGAUGCAUUCCGGCGAGACAAGUGGUCAUAUUCGGUGUUCAGAAGUAUUGUCCCGUUAUCAGUUGAAGUAUUUUAAUGUUUUUGUUACGUGGAAUAAAUCGUUUCCUGAUGCACAAA